AUGAUGAUGUACCUCUGUCUGUUUUGUCGCAAUAUAAUCAGGAAAUUACAGUAUGUAUCUGAUUCAGAUUCAGGGAACUUGACUGAUCUUGAUGUUGAUAGUUCAGGCAGUGAAUAUGAAUUCACAAAAUAUGAGAAACGUAAAUUGGAACAGUUAGAUAUAUCUGAAUCUGAGUCAGAUACAGACUUAAAAAGUAAGAAAAAGAUAAGAUUUAAAGUAAAACAAAAGCAGUCUCAUAGUGAUACACACAAAGUGAACCAAGAAGCACCUGAGUGUCUUAUAAGGAGUGGUCUAGGUGGAGUACCCGAGUGUCAUAUAGGGAAUGGCCAAGGUGGGGUGCCCGAGUGUCAUAUAGGAAAUGGUUUAGGUGGGGUGUCUGAGGGUCAUAUAGAGAAUGGUCUAGGUGGGGCGCCUGUGUGUCAUAUAGGGGAUGAUGUAGGUGGGGCGCCCGAGUGUCAUUUAGGGAAUGACCCAGGUGGGGCACCUGAGUGCCGUAUAGGGAAUGGCUUAGGUGCGGCACCUGAAUGUCAUAUUGGGAGUGGUCUAGAUGAGUCACCUGAGUGUCAGAUAGGGAAUGGUCUAGGUGGAGUACCCGAGUGUCAUAUAGGGAAUGACCAAGGUGGGGCGUCUGAGUGUCAUAUAGGAAAUGGUUUAGGUGGGGUGUCUGAGGGUCAUAUAGAGAAUGGUCUAGGUGGAGCGCCUGUGUGUCAUAUAGGGGAUGAUGUAGGUGGGGCGCCUGAGUGUCAUUUAGGAAAUGACCCAGGUGGGGCACCUGUCAUAUAG